GGAAGGCAGCACGGCAGCCAGGGUUGUAGGUUCGGUGUAACGGACUGUUGUCGUUCGUCGGGGCCGCGUGUCGAGCUUGUGUCCAGGAAGAAAUGGCCGGGAUUAAAGCUCUCAUCAGCCUGUCCUUCGGAGGGGCCAUUGGCCUAAUGUUCCUCAUGCUGGGAUGUGCCCUCCCUGUGUAUGAUAAAUACUGGCCCUUGUUCCUCCUCUUCUUCUACAUCCUGUCUCCCAUCCCGUACUGCAUCUCGCGGAGAGUGGUCGACGACACGGACUCGGCCAGUAACGCCUGCAAAGAGCUGGCCAUCUUCCUCACGACGGGCAUCGUCAUCUCGGCGUUCGGCCUGCCCGUCGUCUUCGCCAGAGCUGACGUAAUCGCCUGGGGGGCGUGUGCGCUCGUGCUAACGGGCAACGUCGUCAUCUUCGGGACCAUCCUGGGCUUCUUCAUGGUCUUUGGGUCCAAUGACGACUUCAGUUGGCAGCAGUGGUAAAACAGCAGAGGGGGGGUGGGGGGGGGUUAAAUUGUUUUUAUUAAAUGGUUUUUAUUAGCAUUAUUAUUAUUAUUAUUAUUAUUAUUAUGGCAUUACUGUUUGGUUCUUGUUGUUGUUGUUAUUUAUAUGAUGACCGCCCAUCCAUAGACUGACACCAAACCAGUGCAAUACUUUCUUUUCUUUGGUUGUUCUUUUACCGCCUGCAUUAUAUUGAACUGACACUCGUGGGAUUGGGAAACGCUGACUUUCUGUUGGAUUUGUUCUCAUUUUAGUUUCUGUGUUGUUUUUUUUUAAUGUUCUCCAUUUGUGUGUGAGCUGAAACUACUGCUUUGUUUUGUCUGUGAACAAAGAAAAGACUCUUAUCUGACCUAGAAGGACAGGGCUGCCGUCUCUAUUUAUUAAACACUCUGGAAGAAGUUGCUCCACACGGAGAGCUCGGAUUGGGGCUGUUCCAGUCUUAAGUGUAAAAUCAGCAGAAAACUGAUCCAAGCACAGAUUUUAUGGCCCACGAUUAGCAGAAGGAAAAAAAGGCUCUCGUUUCCAUUUGGCACGAUCACACUGAAGGUCCCUCAAAAGUAAAAGGUGAAAAUGAAGCUAAUGUAACUCUAAAAGCUGUGAUGGUCUGGAAGAACUGCCACCAAACCCUGUUAAAUGUGUGAGCUGUUCGGGGACCAAUGAUGGAAAUAUGUGUCACUUUAUUAAAAAAAAUCCCCCUUUCAAUUCUCUAAUGUCUGCAACAAGGUCGAUGUUCAGGAGCAGAGAAGAAAGACUCGUUCCAGAGAUCAAAUUAAGCCGACGCGCUGAUUUUUGCAGGCAGAUUUUUUGCAGGCUGGUUUUUGCAGGCAGAUUUUUUGCAGGCUGGUUUUUGCAGGCUGGUUUUUUGCAGGCUGGUUUUUUGCAGGCUGGUUUUUGCAGGCUGCUCAUGCUACUAGAGCCGUGACCUCACUCCUGCGGCCUUUUCACAGUGUCAGGUCAAGAAAGCAUGAAAAGCUUUUUAAGUAGCCGCCAGCUAGCGUGGGAUUAGCUCGAGGACAGUGGCCUCGUGAGACGCCGAGCCAAGCCGAGACUUAUUUUGAAGGAGUCACAUGUUUAAAAAAAAAAAGGGAAAAAAAAAGCUUACGGCCCGUGUGACUCCUUCAAAAUAAAAGCAUCCGCCGUCUGUGCUUCGGUGUCCCGUUUUUCCCCUUUCCAGAAAGCACAUUUUAGGUUUAUUACACAACGUCACAUUUCCUCAGACCAGCAUUGUCAUGAUAAAAAAAUAUAUAUAUAUUUUAUUUGUUUUGAGGUGUUUCUGUGUGAAGGAAAAUCUGUCCACUGGGUUGUGUAACGAGUCGAUCACUUCCUUUAUGUUGGGGUGGGGGUUGUUUUUGUGUGUGUGGUUCAGUUUGCUCUCUGGAAGAUUAAAAAAAAAAAACAGGACUAAUACUGACUAAUAUGUGUGCAAUGUGUUGCUCUAGUGUGGGGUUUCCAUGCACAGCAGAUUUCCAAUGAAAGUUUAGGACAAGACGUUCUUUCAAAAUCCACUUUUUAAAACCACAUGUAAAAUUGUAAAGAAAAGUUUUAAAAAACCAGGAUAACCUUAUGCUAAGCUAAUCGCUAUAUUUGAAGCCACAGUCACAAUAACACAAACGAUUGAUAAAGAAGAACACAACUCAAUAUGGUGUGAAAUACACAUUGGAAAUCUGCAGAAAGGGAACAAAAUACUGACACACACACAAACACUUUGGCAUUAAAAACCUCACUAUUUAUUUUAACUUCCUUGUCUUGUUACGCAACUCUUCCAGAGGUCACGACCUCAGUGAAGGCACUGAUUGUAUCAAAUGCGCGAUGGAAGCUUCUUUUUAUUUUCACGUUUAAAUUGUAUUUAACUUCUGAGUAAUAUUGCAAACUACUGACAUGAUUUGUGCACAUUGUUACGUAGCGCCGCCCUGUGGUGAGCGCCUGAAUGACGCCGCGUGAAGCUCAACGGGUCAAAAAGCGUUGAAACUCCCCGAUGUGACGGGAUGAGUUCCUGAGAAAUGAGAGAAAUGUCACGCUUUGCCCCCCCCCCCCCCCCCUUUGCAAAUUUUGGGGGAGGAUGUUGUAUUUAUUUAUUUGAAUAAUCGUGACGCUUCGUUGUCAAAUGUUCUAACGCCAUUUUUCUAUCGACAACCUUUUUUUUUUCGGUUAAAGAAGGCAGAAGUCAGCAUGGUGGUUUUUCUUUUUUUUCUUUUGUUUUCUUUUUUAAUAAACAGCCAUUUUUAAACAUG